GCCCAAAGUCCCACCUCCCCAACUACCUUCGCCACGCUCCGCUCCCCGUCUACUCCCGCAGAGCAUCACAUAGUACUUCGCCUCAGCGAGUCGCCGUCGCCACGCCAACACAACAAACAACAUGGCCGCGACCAUCCUCCGCCGCCUAAACCCCGCCGGCGCAGCUCCCCCACGCGCGGCGCCGACGCUCGACCUCGCCCGCCGCGCGGUCUCCGACUCCUCGGAGCCGCUCACAGUCGAGACCUCGCUCCCCUUCAAGCCCCACCUCGUCGACCCGCCUCCCCGCACCGUCUCCACCACCCCGCGCGAGCUCCUCGCCUUCUUCCGCGACAUGGCGCUGAUGCGGCGCGCCGAGAUCGCGGCCGACUCCCUCUACAAGGCCAAGCUCAUCCGGGGCUUCUGCCACCUCUACGACGGCCAGGAGGCCGUCGCCGUGGGCAUGGAGGCCGCCAUCACCCGCCGCGACGCCAUCAUCACCGCAUACCGCGACCACUGCCUCUACCUCGCCCGCGGCGGGGAUCUCGUCGCCGCCUUCGCCGAGCUCAUGGGCCGCCAAGACGGGUGCUCCAGGGGCAAGGGCGGGUCCAUGCACUUCUACAAGAAGGACGCCAACUUCUACGGCGGCCACGGCAUCGUCGGCGCGCAGGUGCCCCUGGGGUGCGGCAUCGCCUUCGCGCAGAGGUACAGGAAGGAAGGCACCGUCACCUUCGACCUCUACGGCGAUGGCGCCGCAAACCAGGGACAGCUCUUCGAGGCGCUCAACAUGGCCGCGCUAUGGAAGCUCCCCGUCAUACUCGUCUGCGAGAACAACCACUAUGGGAUGGGGACGGCCGAGUGGAAGGCCUCCAAGAGCCCGGCAUACUACAAGCGCGGGGACUAUGUACCUGGGUUGAAGGUUGAUGGAAUGGAUGUUCUUGCUGUGAAGCAGGCCUGUAAAUUUGCCAAGGAACAUGUUCUUGAAAAUGGACCAAUUAUUCUUGAGAUGGACACAUACAGAUACCAUGGUCAUUCUAUGUCAGAUCCAGGCAGUACUUACCGCACGAGAGAUGAGAUUGCAGGAAUAAGACAGGAGCGUGAUCCAAUUGAGCGUGUCAGAAAGCUGAUAUUGACCCAUGACUUGGCAACAGCCCAAGAGCUCAAGGACAUGGAAAAGGAAAUUAGGAAGGAAGUUGACACUGCAAUUGCUAAAGCAAAGGAAAGCCCAAUGCCUGAUACGUCUGAGCUAUUCAAAAAUGUAUAUGUCAAUGACUGCGGUCUGGAGUCUUUUGGGGUGGACAGGAAAGUGGUGAGAACCGUUCUUCCUUAGGCUGGCAAACGAAAAGCUUGGAUCUUUAUACUAGUAGUAUGAUACGUGCUGGGGAGAUAUGAUAAUACAGACCAGGGAUUCCUUGUUGGAGAACUGGAAAUGUGCAUUCUCUGCUGCUUAAAUAAUCCUGUAUGUAUUCUGUGUCACAUUGCAUUGUAGUCAUUUCCCCCCACUUGUGGACAUAAGUUUGGGAAUGCAGCUUAAAAUUUCUUUCGUUAUGUCAAUUUUUAGCGAUUAUUGGCGAA